UGAUAUUUAUAUUGCGCCAGCCACCACACGACGCCUAUAUCAAACGAUGACAAUUUGAAUUCGUGGUCAUUGCAAUAAGCCGCUCGGACAAGCAACGUGCACCUGACCAAAACUUACUCGUUUGAUUGAUGUUAUACUAAUUUCUUAUUGCAUUGACAUUAACGACAAAAAACUUUCCAUAAUGAUUAAACAAGUUCUCAGUAUAUUUGUGUUGUGUUUGGUUGGACUAACGACUUGUAUGAUACCUGAUUAUAUUAAACCGUGCAAGGCGGAUGAUCCUGAGAUUUCUAAAUGUAUUAUUCGCGCCAUAAAUGAACUCAGGCCACAGUUGCAAAAGGGAAUUCCGGAACUGGAAGUGCCGCCGAUGGAACCGCUUCAUUUGGAUGCUAUCCGGUUGACCAGAGGUAUUCAAUGCAAUGUCACAGAUGUCGAGGUUUGGGGACCGUCAUCGUUCGAAAUAACUGAAUUACGUGCCAACGUACAAAAUCGUUUCGCCUUCAUCGUACGCCUUCCAUUCUUGCAAUUCAAAGGUCACUAUGAGCUGAAUUCAAGAAUUCUCGUGCUUAACUUGCGAGGAAGUGGGCCAAUUCACGGAAAUUUCACUGAUUACAGUUUUCAAGGAGUUCUGAAAGGCAAACGUAUUCAACAAAACGGAGAAGAAUACUUGAAAUUCGACAAAAUGAAAUUGACAAUCUUCCCGGGUCACACAGUAAUGCGAUUAGAUAAUCUCUUCAAUGGUAAUGCAGCUCUUGGCAGAGCAACCAAUGACGUCCUAAACGAUUCACAAGACGCCAUCUUGGAAGAAGUGCGACCUGCGCUCACUGACGCGCUCAGCGAAUUAUUCACCAACAUAGCAAAUAAAAUCACACUACGCUUUACUUAUAACGAACUAUUCUUAUAAAAUAUUCAUAUUUAUAAUAUUGCAUAAUAAGUUUUGCUUUUUCUUCCUAUGUUUGUUAUCAAGUGCUUUUCUUUUAUAUUCUAUAUAAAAAACACUAUUCACCGCAUUGAACUAAAAGUACUAAUUGCUUAUACUUGACAUACAAUUGUUAAAGUAGUCAGUAUUAGACAUUAAUGUAACAUUAUCAUAUUGUAAGAAUUGUACAAAAGUGAAAUUUGCAAAAUUGCAAAAUUGCAAAAUCGAAGAAAAAAAAAUUAUACUUUUCCAAGAAAA